GUUGCGGAAUCAAGUUAGACUGCACCAGGAUAGCUUGCUGUUCCCGUUAUGUACUGUUAGAAUCCAAGUGUUGGUGAAGUCAAGUCGUAAUAUUUUCUGCGUUUAGAAAAACGGUUGAUUACAAUGAGAUUAUGAUUUCACCAUAAACAUAUUUAACAUUGAAUAGAGACUAUGCGACAACGACGGCGCACCGAAAUAACUAUCAUAUCAUCUCAGAGGGACGUGAUUUUCUGCACCCCAAAGAGACGUCAAAAUAUCCCCGCAGCGUUAUCAUUACAAUAACAACACGCGGAAUUUAAACAAAAUCUUUUACAUUUCUUCCGCAGAGUUCUUGAUGGAGAUUUGUAUGUUUAUUUUAAACUCAUGCAACACGUUGUUGACAAGAAAUAUUUCAACAAAGCAUCGUUUCCUCAGUUAGCUACCAUUUUCCAUGGGAUGAAUUCCGCUCCUUCCCCAUGCUCCAUCGCUCCGUCUCUGCCUCGCCUUUUCGCUGGAAUUCCCCUCUGCCGGGGGAGAAACGGCUGACGCUUCGGCGGAACCGCGGGAAAGCAUGCGGCGGUUUGUCUACUGCAAGGUGGUGCUGACCACUUCGCUGGUGUGGGUGCUCCUGGACGUCUUCCUGCUCCUCUACUUCAGCGAGUGCAACAAGUGCGACGACAGGAAGGACCGUUCCCUGCUUCCUGCUCUGAGAGCGGUCAUGUCGCGGGGCGUGGAAGGCCCGGGCGAGAUGGGCAAGGCCGUGGUCAUCCCCAAAGAGAGCCAGGAGAAGAUGAAGGAGCUCUUCAAGAUCAACCAGUUCAACCUCAUGGCCAGCGACAUGAUCGCGCUCAACAGGAGCCUGCCCGACGUGCGGCUGGACGGCUGCAAGACGAAGGUGUACCCGGACGACCUGCCCAACACCAGCAUCGUCAUCGUGUUCCACAACGAGGCCUGGAGCACCCUGCUGCGCACCGUCCACAGCGUCAUCAACCGCUCGCCCCGCCACCUGCUGCUGGAGAUCCUGCUGGUGGACGACGCCAGCGAGAGAGACUUCCUGAAGGAGAAGCUGGAGAGCUACGCGCGGACGCUGGAGGUGCCCGUGAGGGUCCUGAGGAUGGAGCAGCGGUCGGGGCUGAUCCGGGCGCGGCUCCGGGGGGCGGCGGCCACGCGGGGUCAGGUGAUCACCUUCCUGGACGCCCACUGCGAGUGCACGGCGGGCUGGCUGGAGCCGCUGCUCGCCAGGAUCAAAGAGGAAAGGAACGCCGUGGUGUGCCCGAUCAUCGACGUCAUCAGCGACGACACGUUCGAGUACAUGGCGGGGUCCGACAUGACCUACGGCGGCUUCAACUGGAAGCUGAACUUCCGCUGGUACCCCGUGCCGCAGAGGGAGAUGGACAGACGGAAAGGGGACAGGACGCUCCCCGUCAGAACCCCGACCAUGGCCGGAGGCCUGUUCUCCAUCGACAGAGCCUACUUUGAGGAAAUCGGAACGUACGAUCCCGGAAUGGAUAUCUGGGGUGGAGAGAACCUUGAAAUGUCCUUCAGGAUCUGGCAGUGCGGCGGCUCGCUGGAGAUCGUCACGUGCUCGCACGUGGGCCACGUGUUCCGCAAGGCCACGCCCUACAGCUUCCCCGGGGGCACGGGCCAGGUCAUCAACAAGAACAACCGCCGCCUGGCCGAGGUCUGGAUGGACGACUUCAAGGACUUCUUCUACAUCAUUUCCCCAGGCGUGGUCAAGGUGGACUACGGGGACGUGUCGUCGCGGAAGGCCCUGCGCGAGGCUCUGCAGUGCAAGCCCUUCUCCUGGUACCUGGAGAACAUCUACCCCGACUCCCAGAUACCCAGGAGAUACUACUCGCUUGGUGAAAUCAGAAAUGUGGAGACCAAUCAGUGCGUGGAUAACAUGGGGAGAAAGGAGAACGAGAAGGUGGGCUUCUUCAACUGUCACGGAAUGGGCGGGAAUCAGGUGUUCUCAUACACGGCCGAUAAGGAGAUCCGCACCGACGACCUGUGCCUGGACGUGUCGCGGCUGAACGGGCCCGUCGUCAUGCUCAAGUGUCAUCACCUGAAGGGGAACCAGAUGUUCGAGUACGACGCGGAGAGGCUGACGCUCCUGCACGUCAACAGCAACCAGUGCCUGGACAUGCCGUCGGAGGAGGACAAGAUGGCCCCCACCCUGAGGGACUGCACGGGCGCCCGCUCCCAGCAGUGGCUCCUGAGGAACAUGACGGUGAGCGCCUGAGAGGAGACCCCGCCCCCCUGCCCCCCCGCCCCCCCACCACACCUCGGUCCUGACGGGGGACUGCCAGCCACAGACCGCCACGGCCACUUCCUGUCACGCGCAUGGCCCCCACCCACACUUCCCAAACCCCCACUCCCCGCACCCUUUGUACCCGGCUUUGGGGACAGGUGGCCCGCUCCUCCUCUCUUCGCGACCCCCGCCCCGGACGCUCCCCUCGUCCGGUUACGACGCCUCGCGUGUCUGUUUUCGGGGGUCUGUCCGGAGACGUGUCGUCGCGCGACGCAGCCGCCGUUGGGCCCGGCGGCUGUGCGGUCGCUGGCCUGCGUCGACCCGUUGUCCGCGGCGACUGCCGCUCGGCGGGGUGACGUCAGCACUGCCGCGUGACCCUGGCGCACGGCGGGAUUUACCCCCGCCCCUGUGGAGAGGUCUGAAUUAGCAACAGCGGGUCUGCAGAGACUUCACAGGCAGGAACGGACCCCGCGUUCGCUCUUUUGUACACGCCAGCAGUCUGACGUGGCAAUCAAGCUUAAUAAAAAUGGAUUCCUGUUUUGCCCUUAAUUAAUCUUUUUGUUUACUUGUCUUCAUGACAUUUCAUGUUUUAAACGUUCAACCACUGAAUUUAACCACUGAACUGAGUCCUGAUUCUGGAACGGCAACGUGGUGCGAGUGCUCGGAAAAAGUUUGAAAAUUGUUUAGCUGUAGAACAUGUUAUCGAUUGCAGAAGAGUGUAUCAUAAAACAUUGAGCGCUAUGACUGUUAUUCUGUUAUGGGACGUAAUUAUGAGGAUUUGUAUAUAUCAACAGUAUCUGAGGCGUUUCAGUUUAUCAAAGAAGUCAAUAUGAUUUGCCUCAGUAUAAACGUGAAAAAUGAAUACUGUGAACUGAAUGCAUCAAUCAAAGAAAAGUCACAUAAAUAUCGCGUAUAUCAUAUAGGAAUUAUAUAUAUGUGCAGUGCAUUUCUACCAUGCACUGCAAAUGGACUAAAAUGAAUUAUCAAAAGGAUUACGUCAUGCAAUGUUCAAUUAUUAGGGUCUCUAAGUGCUUUUUGCCCCUUUUCAGAGUGAUACUGCAUAUACAGUAAAUAUUUAUUACUGAUGCCAUUAUGCUGUUUUCUUUCAUUAUUUUUAUAUGUUCAUGUCCAUGCAUAAUUGAAUGUCCGAAUACAUUUAAAUACACAAUUCGGUUAUCAAUGUGCAUAUCUCAUGUUCACUGUAUUGAAGAGCUUUUGUUUAAGGUUAUCUUUCUCUUUUUUACAGUGGUUCAGAAUACAAAAGGUAAAAUAGAGAAUAACAGACAGUAUAUGAACUGCUGUUUUUAGCUAAAGGAGGUUAUCUUGGGAUUGAAGCGAUGCAUUAGAUAUCUUGUAAUAUUUGUCUCUGCUCUUUGCUGAUAUGUAAAAAUUCCUUUCCCUGUAGUAUAUUAUGACAAUCUUUGAAGAAAGCAUGUAAUCUGUGGUAUAUGACACUAUAAUUCACACUAUAUUUGCAUUGCAUCGAAGAGGUAUGGUCAAUGACAGCCAUUGAAGUGCUAUGUAUAACUGCAAUAUUGUUUGACAUGAUUUAACACAGUCUGAUUGUGUUGAGUACAAAUAUCUGUUCAGUACAUUACUGUUAAACUCACUGAACUCACUGUUGUAAAUGCACCAACAUUUCUUGUUGAAGUAUGUAGUUUUAGCCUUUGGGGGUAACACUAUACAUUAAGUCGCAGCUAUGCCUGUGCAGUUAAAUUAUAACUAAUUUGGUAACAAGGGGUUAUUAUUGAGUAACUGCAGGGUAGGUACCAUGGAACAACAGUUAGCGAUAUUCUUAAUAACGUGAAUAUUUUUGCACUCAUUGCUCAUAUCUUCAUGAAACAUAACAAAUACACCUUGCCUGUUAAUUUGACUGUGUGUCUUCAUGAUAUGGAAGGAUUAGAUUUUAGCAGGAGGUAUGUAACAGGGCCGGCCUUGUUUCGGGUGUGUAUUUACUCUAACAACGCCACUACCUGUCGUUCCGUGUUACCUACGUUGGAGUUACUCAGUAAUAGUCUCAUUAGCCUUACGCGAUUAGUUACAUUUUAGCUAAACAGGUAUAGCUGCAACUUUAUGUGUUAGCCCUUCGGCACUAAUUCGCACUGUUAACAUCUAUUGGGAUUUUCUUUUCUUGACAUAUCACUAAGCUUACAUUUUCAUUAUGUUUACAUAUUGUAAAUACUAUUUACAGUAAUGUUUGAACACCAUUGUACAUACAAAAAUAUUUUUGUAAGAAAUAGCUAUACGGAAGCCCCGCGCCAGUGCGCAACAUUGGUUUCCGCCCUAAAUCGAAUUGAUCUGCAGCGUUCGUUAUAUAUAACCUUUCAUCCGAGCCCCACUAAUACAUGUAGCAUUCAGCGGACGGUCAGUCUUCAGUCCACGGCCACAGAAGGGGGGUGUCGACGAAAUUGCGGAUUUCUCUCUCGUACCACAGCUUGUGAAAUCCUUGACUCUGCCCGAAGAAUGAUUGCAAUGAUUGACUCACAUAUGUUGUUAUUUCUGCGACGGAACAAGGUCAACGUUUUAAAUUCUGCCGUUUUAUUGAAUUCCCCCGUCCAAUCAGAAACUGUGUACGUGUACUGUUGACCUUGAGGUCAGAUCACAAAGGGGCUUUUUCAGACCGCGGCUGCCGUCUGUGCAUGAAUAAGGAAUAGCGAUGUGGUUUUACGUUUGUUUCGGUCUUAAAGUGAUGCUACCUGUUUGUACAUUUUUGUGAAGACUAAAACGAAAUUCUUUAUUUGUGACAAAUUGACAAUGCUUUUAUUGAUAAUGAAUGAAACUGUGAAUUUCAAUAAAUCGGCCUAGUGUGCAAUAAUA